AACGGCAUCUAAAACAAACAAGUGUAAUCGUAAAAACAAGAAGUUACAUAGUAAUUUAUUGUUUUGUCGAUACAGAAAAUGAAUCUUAAUCCCAUGAAAUGGAAAACAAGAAUUAUCACGCAAAGUUUUCUAGGCAUUUUGCUUUUUUACAUAUUACUCGUUUACAAGAUGAAGCAUCAAGUUAUGUUUGAGGCCAUCGUAAAUAAUUCGGAUCCUAAGCACGUGUGGGAAUUUGUAGCGGAUUUUAGCAAUAUGAAAAAAUUGAAUCCAACAAUAGAGGACUUUUUCGUGAUCACCGAAAGCGGGAAUUAUGAUCAUUGGAAAUAUUCCGUUGAAUAUACGGAACAUUUAAGUCAUCUACCGAUGAUCCGUAACGUAGCGCACGGACAUUACGCUGUCAGGCCAGAUGACAAAGGCUACGUCAUCAGUUCGAAGCACCGAACUUGCUUUGUCUUCGGUUUUUAUUGCCUGGAGUCAGUCUCGCAAUUCAGAUUCGACGUUGAUGCCAUGAAAGAUACGAAAUGUAUCGAAACAGUGCAGUAUGAAUGUCCAGUCGCAUUUUCUAUUCUGUGCUACAAGGAAGUCAUGUAUCAGCGAGAAGAAAUCAUGAAGAGACUUAAAUCGGAAUUUGCCACAAUUAAUAAACAGAAAUCUUAAAUGCGUUCUCUCUCAAAAUAUAUUACACAUGUACUUAUUUUUAUACAGAAGAGAUUUGUUAAGUAAACAUACUUUUAUUAUACAAGCGUUCAUUAAUAAUC